UUAUGCAGCUCGCAGAGCCAUUGUCUAGCGGCUCAUUGACGUCGCCAUUGUCUGUUUGCAUCCUUUGAUGUGCGCUCCUUUGUUGCCACCCGAUUUAGCUUGAAUUCUUAUAUGCAGCCCCUCGCGAGGUAGAAAUUGCUUGCUGGAUCUCCGAGGUCGGGCUGCUGCUGCUGCAUCCAACAAUGGAAAAUAUGCAGGUUGAAUCUAGCUGAUUUCAAUCGCGUCGCUUCGGAGUGACAAGCCAUUCCAGCAAUGGCUAUGCCUGCAGCUUUCCAAGGCGCGACCAGAAUUAGCGCCUUAAACCAUAGCACUGGCAAUGCCGGGUCCACUUCGACCCGAAGGGCUGCUGGAUUGAAAGUGUAUAUGACUGCGACACUUCCUCCAAAAUCCAAGGGACUUAAUGUCAGUAAGCAACCAUUGGAGAAGCAUUCCAAAAUUAUGCACUCUAUCACGCCAGAGAAGCUGGAAUUAUUCAAAUCCCUUGAAGGCUGGGCGUCUGAGACUAUUCUACCUUACUUAAAGCCCGUGGAAAAGUGCUGGCAGCCACAGGAUUUUCUCCCAGAACCGUCUGCAGAGGAUUUCUUGGACCAGGUCCGGGAGCUCCGGGAGAGGUCUGCAUGCUUGCCUGAUGACUAUUUGGUGUGUCUGGUUGGCGACAUGAUCACUGAGGAGGCUCUACCCACGUACCAGACAAUGUUGAACACACUCGAUGGAAGCCGGGACGAAACGGGCGCCAGCCCGACUCCUUGGGGUGUGUGGACUCGUGCGUGGACCGCCGAAGAGAACCGUCACGGAGACCUGCUGAACAAGUACUUGUACUUGACAGGGCGAGUGGACAUGAGACAAAUCGAGAAGACAAUUCAGUACUUGAUUGGAUCUGGGAUGGAUCCCCAGACAGAGAACAAUCCCUACCUGGGUUUCGUGUAUACCUCGUUCCAGGAGAGGGCAACUUUCAUUUCGCACGGUAACACUGCCCGUCAUGCGAAGGAAUAUGGUGAUGGAAAGCUUGCGACGAUUUGUGGAAUCAUUGCCGCAGACGAAAGGAGGCACGAGAAUGCCUACACGAAGAUCGUUGAGAAGCUGUUCGAGCUGGACCCAGACGGCGCAAUGCUAGCAUUUGCCGACAUGAUGAGGAAGAAGAUAUCAAUGCCGGCGCAUCUGAUGUACGAUGGUGAGAACGAGCACCUGUUCGACGACUUCUCACUGGUGGCUCAAAGAACGGGCGUGUACACUGCUCGGGAUUACGCGGACAUCAUGGAGCACUUGGUGAAGAGGUGGGAUGUUGCUCAUGUCAAAGGACUUUCCAGUGAAGGCGAGGCUGCGCAACAGUAUGUGUGCUCACUGCCCCCUCGAAUCAGAAGACUGGAUGAACGCGCUCAAGCGAAGGUGAAAAAGGGUCCAAAGACAGGGAGCUUCAGUUGGAUCUUCAACAGAGAAGUUGCGCUGCUGUAGAAUUUCUAUAACUACUUUGUACAUAUGAGUCAGCAUCGUUCAAGCUCCCAAGGAAUGAGCUUCAUCUGUAAUGUGCAUAGUGGGAAUUAAAAUUCGUCAGGUCUCAAAAACUUUUUGUAGCAACUAUAUACGUAAUGACGUUUAGGGGACGUCGGAAAGUUUAGUGUGGUUGUACUCCGGUCUGAAAGUCAUUUUGUGAGGGUAUACUGUGAAUGGUACAUAUAAGUAACACACACACACACAUUCACAUGUUCUUGUCAUCUUUGUCAUGGCUUUUGUAGAAUGAAAUGAGAGGGUAACUAUAGACUGUUCUCCUGUUGUCUGGCUAUCAUGAGCAUGUAUCCGUCUUUUAUCCCUUAGUACUUCAAAAAAAAUGGAAUAGUCUGUAUUUAUCUUUCAACAUUCUGUAAGAGAUAAUGUCUUCUUUAAUACUGACAGGGUUUUAACAUA